UUGUAGCCUCGUCUCCACUGCCUUCCUAGGGCGCAGAGGGGGCAGAUCCUGGGGUCCCUGGACCUCCAUCCAGACGAGGCUUCUGCCCCGGACCCUGAGUCCGUCCUUGGAUUCCCGCGGAAGCCCCUGGGCACACUGGGCCCCCGGGGAGGAGUCGAGCUUGAGCUCAGGUGGGUGAGCCCCAGGGCAGCGGAGCAAGACGCGUCCAGAGAAGAAGAGGUGGUGGAUGCCCCAAUGUCAUGAGUGGACACUUUUCCUCCCGACGCUUCAGGGGACUGGGCCACUUCCUCUCUCUGCUCAGUUUUCCCUCUUAACCGGCUUCUCCCCAAACCAGCCCUCCCACACUAACGGGGGGCACAAAUAAUGAAAAAUAGGAAGACCCUGCUGUUAGCUUAAGUGCCCAGCGCCUUGUUGACGUCUUCAUCACAAGCGUUGGGCUGUGAGGCGCCCAGUGUUUACCCCGGUGCUUUACAUGAGGGGAAAUCUGAAGGCUUAACGAUUCCUCAGUCAAGUCCCUGAUGUCCAAACCAAUAGGUAAUGCCUUCGUCACGGUGUCCUGGGGGGAAAGUGACUGCGUGUUUGUUCUGCAGAUGGCCAACUCCUCUUGAGCCGUGCAGAUUGGUGGCGCCGGGACACGACAAAAGUUUGUAGCUUCUGGGUUUUUGGUGCUUCGCAGGGGACAGGAAAAGACUUUGGCACUCCAGGAAAGAAGCAUUCAGGGAACCUUCUCCUUUAACUUUCCCCCACUCUGUUACCAUUUGCGAUGAAGAGAAAACAGAAGAGGUUUCUACAGAUGACUUUGUUGUUCAUGAUGGCUUUAAUUUUCUUGCCUAAUAUCGGUCUUUGGUGUCUGUACAAGGAUAAUCACUUGCUGAAAUCUUCAGAGCCCGGGGAGCAGACUUUUCAACUGGGCCUGGGAGAUGGGCAAUUCUAUUCAUGGACAGAUGGUUUGAGAAGAAAGGACUGGCAUGACUAUGAAAGCAUUCAGAAAGAGGCUAUGCGCUCAGGGAAAGGCGAGCAUGGGAAGCCUUACCCCCUCACGGAAGAGGACUGGGACGAUUCUGCUUACAGGGAAAACGGUUUCAAUAUUUUCGUCAGCAACAACAUUGCCCUGGAGAGGUCUCUGCCCGACAUCCGCCACGUCAACUGUAAGCACAAGAUGUACCUGGAAAGGCUGCCAAACACCAGCAUCAUCAUCCCCUUCCAUAACGAAGGCUGGACUUCACUGCUCAGAACCAUACACAGCAUCAUUAACCGGACCCCCGAGAGCCUCAUCGCAGAAAUCAUCCUCGUAGACGACUUCAGUGAUAGAGACCACUUGAAAGAUAAGUUAGAAGAAUACAUGGCCCGGUUUUCCCAAGUGAGGAUCCUUCGCACCAAGAAAAGGGAAGGGCUCAUCCGGACCCGGCUCCUGGGUGCGUCGAUGGCCAGAGGGGAGGUACUGACCUUCCUCGACUCCCACUGCGAGGUCAACGUGAACUGGCUGCCCCCACUGCUCAACCAAAUUGCACUAAACCACAAAACCAUCGUGUGUCCCAUGAUCGAUGUCAUUGACCACAAUCACUUCGGGUACGAGGCACAAGCUGGGGACGCCAUGCGCGGAGCCUUCGACUGGGAAAUGUACUACAAGAGAAUCCCCAUCCCCCCGGAGCUGCAGCCUGCAGACCCCAGCGACCCUUUUGAGUCCCCUGUCAUGGCUGGAGGUCUCUUUGCUGUGGAUCGAAAGUGGUUUUGGGAAUUGGGUGGCUAUGACCCAGGGUUAGAGAUCUGGGGAGGAGAACAGUAUGAAAUCUCUUUUAAGGUGUGGAUGUGUGGAGGAGAAAUGUUUGAUGUUCCAUGUUCCAGAGUUGGUCACAUCUACAGAAAGUACGUCCCUUACAAAGUUCCAUCUGGGACCAGCCUGGCAAGAAACCUGAAGCGGGUGGCUGAGACCUGGAUGGACGAAUUUGCUGAGUACAUUUACCAGCGCCGGCCAGAGUACAGGCACUUGUCCACAGGGGACAUCUCCGCCCAGAAGGAGCUGCGGAAACAGCUCAAGUGCAAGGACUUCAAGUGGUUCAUGGCGGCAGUGGCCUGGGACGUGCCCAAGUACUACCCUCCGGUGGAGCCCCCACCUGCCGCCUGGGGGGAGAUUCGAAAUGUGGCAGCAAAUCUCUGUGUGGACAGCAAGCACGGAGCCACAGGGACAGAACUAAGGCUGGACGUCUGUGUCAAGGAUGGCUCUGAGAGGACGUGGUCUCACGAACAGCUCUUCACCUUUGGAUGGAGAGAGGACAUCCGGCCUGGGGAGCCGCUGCACACCCGGAGAUUCUGCUUCGACGCCAUCUCACACAACAGCCCGGUCACCCUUUAUGACUGCCAUGGCAUGAUGGGAAACCAGCUCUGGGGCUACCGGAAGGACAGAACGUUAUUUCAUCUUGUGAGCAACAGCUGCGUGGACUGUAACCCCGCAGAGAAGAAAAUUUUCAUGUCCAGAUGCGACCCUCUCUCUGAGACUCAGCAGUGGGUUUUUGAACACAUUAAUAUGACUGUUUUAGAAAAAUUGAAUCAUCACGCCAGCUCCUAGAAAGAAUGAAGGAAGAAAGAGAAAGAAUGGCUUACCUACAGAGGCCGGACUACAUUUUUAGCCAGUAUCUGGGUCGCAGGCAGCAUCAGGAGUAACACUUCCUGGAUCCGGGAAGUCUGCUUGAAAAGUCUGUGAAUGUCACGUUCAAGUAGGUUGUCCUAAAGAACUUCCCGCAUCUGAAGAACUUGGCCAAGACCUUCACCAGCUGCUUCUGAGAACUGGAGACUGGCCAAGGGCAGAGAUUAUUUAAGGACUUUUCCCAAACAACUGCUAAGUUAAUAAAUCUAGCCUUUCUCAGGUCAAACCCUGCAGUAGUGAGUAGCUAUGAAUGGAUCCUAUUAACUGAGUGGGGAGGGGGGUGGAAAUAGCAUGCCUGCUCUCACAGCCUAAGGAAACCACAGGUUCA